AUGAUUCAUUACAUAGAAAACACUCAACCAAUGCUCAAAAUCAUUUCAACGAUCUGCACCCAGGUGCCUCCUGUGUUUCGAGAUGGUGGAACGUUUGCUCUUGAUAUUGAGGCUUGCGGUGGUGAAAGGAUGUUGUGUCAGGAUGGCCACGAAUGGAUGAAGCCAUCUGGUAGCAGUAGGUACUUUCGUUUCGAUGGCGAUGAUAAUAUAACGCGUGUGGAUCGUGCAGGUGUCGCUCCGACAGCUGAGCGGUUUGAUAUACAGGUUGGCGGCCUUGCUUUCGUAAAGUUUCAGGUGUCAUGA